UCCAGAAAUGCAAAACAAGCCACAACGAAAGGCUGCUUCUGUAGCGCCUGGGCUGUUAAGUCUUCAUUUUUCUGAGGAACCUUGUGCAUUACUUCAGGGCUCAGUGAUUGUGUAAUAGUUUGUUAAGAUAUAUUUGUGUCCUAAAAGGAGUCAGAGAAGGUAACCGACUGUGGGAUCAUGUUGGACAAGCUUUUCCAGUCCUUCCCAUUCUACCUUUUGGGUGCUGCUGUUGGCCUCCUGGUCCUCCACCUUCUUUACUACAGGUUCAACUAUACAGACAGGAGGAGAGAGCCUCCAGGACCCAGACCUCUCCCUCUGUUGGGAAACCUGCUUCAGGUGGAUCCUAUGAAACUUGACAGGAAUCUCUUUGAGCUCUCCAAAAGGUUUGGACCCGUGUUCACCGUCUACUUUGGAGUUAAGAAGGUGGUGGUCCUGGCUGGAUACCACACGGUCAAACAGGCUCUCAUCAAUCAUGCUGAGGAAUUUGGAAACAGAGAAGUCACCCCUAUAUUUGAUGACUUCACCAAAGGAAAUGGUAUAUUGUUUACUAACGGUGACACGUGGAAGGAAAUGAGACGCUUUGCUCUGACUACACUCCGAGACUUUGGGAUGGGAAGGAGGUUAAGUGAGGAGAAAAUCACUGAGGAGAUUCAUCAUCUUAUUAAAGAAUUUGAACAAUAUGACGGUAAAGCUUUUAACAACUCGCGGGUGGUUAACUACGCAUUUUUCAACAUUAUAUCAGCGAUUAUGUUUGAAAAAAGGUUCGAGUACAAGGACCCUGUGUUCCAAGCUAUGGUGGCUCGAGACCACAACACUAUCCAGCUGACUGGAUCAGCCUCCAUUUUGUCCCUGACAUACAACCUGUUUCCUUGGCUGGGUCCUUUUCUUAAAAACUGGAGGAAGUUGAUGAAGAAUGUUGAGGACAACAAGGCAGAAAUGAAACACAUCAUAAAGGAACUGAAGAAGACUUGGAACCCCAACACCUGUAGAUGCUUUGUUGAUGCAUUUCUGACUCGUCAGCAAAAUCUGGAGGUGAGCCCUUCUACUCUCUUGUGGUCCGUUGUUUUCCUGCUAAUCCUUGGUCUUUUGACCAAGAGCAUCACCUCCCAGAACAAGUUGAAGGAGCCUCCGGGGCCGAGACCUCUGCCUCUGCUUGGAAACCUGUUGCAGAUUGAUCUAAGGAGGCCUCACAAAAGCCUCUGUGAGCUUUCAAAGAAAUAUGGAUCUGUGUUCACUGUUUACUUUGGAACGAGGAAAGUGGUGGUUCUAGCUGGAUACAAGGCCGUAAAAGAGGCUCUGGUCAGCUUUCCCGCAGAGUUUGGAGACAGAGACAUCACUCCCAUUUGUCAGGAUGUCUCUCAAGGACACGGAAUUCUGUUUGCAAACGGGGAUUCAUGGAAGGAGAUGAGACGCUUCGCCCUCAGCACCCUGCGGGAUUUUGGAAUGGGCAAGAAAUUAUCUGAGGACAAAAUCAUUGAAGAAUGCCAACAUAUGAUAAAAGCUAUUCAGGAGCUGGAAGGGAAGCCAUUCGAUACAGCACAGCUAGUGAAUUAUGCAAUAUGCAAUAUAAUCACAGCUGUUGUGUAUGGACAUAGGUUUGAUUACAGUGACCCCUACUUGAUGGAUCUGGUGAAAAGGUCCAGUGACAUGAUCCGCUUGUCAGGCUCCGCAUCCGUCCAGCUGUAUAACACGUUUCCCUGGUUGGGCAGAUGGAUAAAAAACAGAGAGCUGCUACUGAAACAGCGGGACCGUAAUGUUAAGGAGGUUGGGGAUUCAAUCAGACGUUUGAAGGAGAGUCUGAGUCCAGACUGUUGCAGGGGGCUUGUGGACUGCUUCCUGGUCUGCCAGAAGAAAGAGGAGGACUUAUGCGUGACAAAUACUCACUACACCGAGGAUAACUUAAUUUCUGUAGUGACCAACUUGUUUUCCGCUGGCACUGAUACCACAUCAUCUACACUGAGAUGGGGUUUGCUGCUCAUGGCCAAGUAUCCACAUAUUCAGGAGAAGGUCCAAGAGGAGGUGAGGCGGCUGAUAGGAAGUCGUCAGGUUGUGGUGGCGGACAGAAUGAACCUGCCGUACACUGACGCCGUGGUCCACGAGAUCAUGAGGGUGGCCAACGUCGUUCACCUUUCAGUACCGCGUGCGACGAGCCAGGACGUCACCUUCCGGGGCUAUUUCAUCAAAAAGGGCACAACAGUCAUUCCUUUGCUGACGUCGGUUCUUGCUGAUGAGACCGAGUGGGAAACGCCGCACACAUUCAACCCAGGACACUUCCUGAAUGAACACGGAAAGUUUGUGUCCAGGGAGGCUUUCAUCCCUUUCGCUGCAGGGCGCAGGGUGUGUCUGGGAGAGGGUCUGGCCAGGAUGGAUGUCUUCAUCUUCUUCACCUCUCUACUUCAGCACUUUCGCUUCACUCCUCCACCAGGAGUCACAGAGGAUGAACUGGAUCUGACGCCAGUUGUGGGCUUCACACGCAGCCCUUCACCACACCAGCUAUGUGCCGUACAUCAAGGGGGCUUUUAAGCUGGAGUAAGUGUUAAAGUCAGUAAAAACACAAGUGAACAAGACAAUUAAGAGCUUCGUGCAAAUCCUCAAAGCUGAUCAAUAUAUCAACUUAUGAGUCAACUUAUUAACAUUAAAUGUGUUUCACUAACACAAUGAAUGGAAGUUUGAUUGUAACCGGCUUUUCAUUUUUUUAAUUAGUUGGCACAGAUGUGAAAACUAACGUGACAAAAUAUGUGUAUACAAAAUAAACAAGAAUGAUUUUCUUACAAAUGACAAAUACUUGUUUUGUUUUGGUGCUGACAACCUAUAAAUAAAACAUUUAUUACACAAUUCUA